AGUCUAUUUCAGGUUCUUUUACAAUUCUGUGUUGCAUUGCAUCAUGGAUAACAGUACUGUGUUACAAAAUUGUCUGCUAUCCAACUUCUACAAUCUAAUUACAGUUCGCCUAGAUGACUCAAACUAUGUAUUAUGGAAAUUUCUGGUAGAGACAAUGUUUUCAGGUUGUGGCCUCAUUAGAUAUAUUGAUGGAUCAUUCCCUCGUCCACCACAAUACAUAGUUAUAGAAGAAGGUGGGGUUACGUCUGAUAUGACAAAGGAGUACAUGGAUUGGGUGCAGAAUGAUUCUUCUGUUAUGUUUAUUCUUGUAGCUACUCUGUCUAGUGAUGCUCUCUCCUUCAUUGUUGGAAGUAAGACCUCUAGGGAAAUUUGGUGUCGACUUAAGAAGAGAUAUGUUGAUGAUUCAGUGUAUAACAUAAUGAAUCUCAAGGCCUCCUUAUACAACAUCCAAAAAGGCUCAGACUCUAUUGAUAAGUACUUACUUCAAGUCAAGUCAAUUUGUGAUCAGCUUGCUACGAUGGGAGUUUAUAUGGCUGAUGAAGACAUAGUAGACUCGGUUCUUCAUGGUUUGCCCUUAGAGUUUGCUACCAUUAAAACUAUAAUAAGAAUCAAAACACUAAGCUCCUCUGUUUCAAUGGAAGAAUUAAGAUCUCUUUUGUUGAUCGCUGAAAGUGAGAUUGAACAAACUAUGAAGUCCAUGUUUGAGAGGUUCAAGACUGAAAUGAUGGCACAUGGUGAUAGUUUCAAUAGGUAUGCUCCUGCACCAACUCAUGUUACAAAUGCCAAAUAUGAUGGUGGAAUUCAAUACAACUUUGGAGCAUUUGAUUAUGGUAUUACUCAGCAAAAUGGAAUAUUUCAGCAAAGACACAACUUUCGGCAAAAUGGAGGUCUCAUGCAACAAAAUGGCUUCCCACAACAAAAUGGUAACUUUUCUCCAAAUAUGAACUAUAGCUACAAUAACAAUGCAAAUUUUUCUCAGUCCGGAGGUGAAGGUUUUUCACAGCAAGGCAACUCUGUUUAUUCAUCCAAUUUUUGUUCAAAGAAUCAGAAAGAAGCUCCUGAAGCUAUUCUUGAAUCACUUGAUGCCUCCAUAUGUGAUGAUGUUAAAUUGGCUACUUGUGUUUCAAAUGGUUGUGCUGAAGACGAUGGUUCUGAAGUUGUUCCGGUUGAUUCUGAAAAAUUUAUUUUGGACGACAUUAGUUUUAUCGAUUCUGGUUGGAAAGGAGAAAACUCAAAGACUGUUGUUGAAUGCUUGGACGGAGAUGCUGAGUUAUCAGAGUAUGAGUGGUCUCGAUAUGAUAGUUGUGAUACUGAGCUUCUUGGGGAAUCACAGAAUUUAAACCCAGAAGUUAUAUUGGAGGUUGAAGUUUGUGAAGGAAAAGAAGAACAGACUUGUCUAGCUCAAGAAACUCAAAAGACUUCAAGGCAGGAAAGAGAUCUUCAGAUGCAUAGUGAUUCAGAAAAUGUAUAUGCUAAGAAGGUAGAGGUUUCCGGGAGCUGCUUGGAGCUAAUAGAUCUGGCAUGUGACACUGAAGACGGAGAGUUGAGGGAAUUAGAUGUGCCUUAUUGGGAGGAGAAUGAUUUUGAAGAAAUUGAACCUGUUGAUUAUGGUUCUGAUACAUGUGACACUAAUGCUGCUGAUGGAAAAGUGGAAUGCAGAGAAACUAAAUUUUGUGGGAUAGAAUCUAGGAACAUUAACAUGAACGUGCAGGUUGGGCGAGGAUUAAGCCUAGGUUACGAUAUUAUGUGUGGAAAAGUUGAACAUUGUGCAAUUGGAAAUGCUUUGAGACAAUCUUCAGUGGGUUCAAAGACGAGAACUUCUGGAACUGAACAAUUGCCCGGAGAUAUAUGCACUACUUGGAACCAUGUUGGUAGUAAAAUUCUUUGUCCAGAAGAGGGGACAUAUGUACUACUUGGAAGAGCUUCUUUUCUUGGAGGUUCAAUGCGAAUGAUUGAAAUCACAAAUAAUCUGAAAUUUCUGAAAAUUUUGCCUCUUAUCAUGCUAGUUCUUCUUAUUUCAAAGGUUGUAGGUGAUGCAUUCAACAAAGGCUUGUAUGAAGGCUUCCCUGUGAUUGAUCAUUCUAGAAAUGGUGCAUUGAAAAUAUAUGCUGAGAUAUUCUGUUUCCUGAUACAAGUGAAACUUGCUCUGUUUUCAAUGACUGCUGUGUGGUGCCAAUUGAAGAUGCAGGAUCUGGUCCACUUGAUUAGUCGGAAUAACCACUCUGAGCAUUAUGAAAAGGAAGUUUCUAUACUCAAGCAUAAGGUCAAAGAUAUGAUGGAUCUUACUCUUUCAUCUGCUGCAAUCUGA